AUGGACAGGCAUUCGAGUUCUACCGCAUGUUCAUCGUCGUCAUCGCCCUCCAGCAGCAUAAUCCGAACAUACCAAAGCAUGGACCAUCAGUGGCAAGUCUACUACAACUACGUAGAUGUAGCUGGUAGCCGGUGGCUGGCAAGCUGGCUCCUGAUCAGUUCCAGUCCUUCUCUCCUGUUCAUCCGGCGACGACAUGCUUCGUCGCUCGCCGUAUCAUGUCCUUUUCAUGCUCUCAUCCGUCUGAAUGCAAGUGCCUUUUAA